CAUGAAUGAAACGCAAAAAGACAACUUGAACCCGCUGGUUCAUCAGCGAAUAACGCCCCGCACAAGGAUAAAGCAACCUGCAGAACUUGAUAACGAUGUUCGGGAUCCGUUUGAUCGCCGAGAAAUAUUCGAUUUAAUCCGGGAUAUUAAUGAUCCUGAACAUCCGUUGACUUUAGAGGACUUAAGAGUGGUUAGCGAAAACGACAUUGAAGUUGAUGAUGAAAAAAGUUUCAUAAAAGUUUCGUUCACACCUACUAUUCCUCACUGCAGUAUGGCCACUCUAAUUGGUCUUGCAAUCCGAGUUCGAUUGCUGAGAUCUCUUCCACCUCGGUUCAAGGUGGAAGUUGAAAUUUCCCCUGGUUCCCACCAAUCAGAGAAGGCAGUGAACAAACAGCUUGGUGAUAAGGAAAGGGUUGCUGCUGCUCUGGAAAACAAUCACUUGCUUAACGUUGUGAAUCAGUGUCUAACAAUCAAAGGAAACUCAUAUGAGACAACUGUUUAACUAAAUUGCCUUGAUCAUGAUAUUGUUCACUCUUUCUCAUUUGUUCAUUGACUUUUUUUUUCCUAUAAAUAGUUGGUAAAGGCUAACAAAAGUCUUUUUGGCGGGUUUUAGAUAUGAAUUUUUAUUUAGUUAACCAGUUCUGUUUAGAUUUAUUGUAUUUAGAACUCUGUAGGUGGUUAUCUAGCAAAACAAAUCGGAUGUACCUGUCAAAUCAAAAAAAUUGUGUAUAUAUACCAUGAAUAAGCCUGAUUUUGUAACAAUACACUCUGGAAAACUGAUCGCUGUAAAAAGUGAACAAAUCAAUGACCCGGCAGCAACCAACAUUGUUGGUGAUGUGUAUGAACUCAGUGGACAAGUUCUUAAUAAAUUUCAAUCCAUACAAAGCACAUUUAAAGGCCUUUGGAAUAUUGUUUGCAUUUGUAAGGUGAUGUGCAAUGCAACUGGUGUUGUGCAGGCAUUUAUUUUGCUCCAGAAUGCUCAGAGCUCAAGGUGUCUGCACCUGCUUACAUUGGUGAAUUUCAAAUCAAUUCAAACUGUGUUUGUCUAUAAACAUUCUUCCUCUCUAUCGGCUGUGAAAGUCCAAAGCAUUUAUAUAACAAAUGGGCCAGCGGUUGUAAUAUACAAUCCCGCUCAAAGGUGUUUUUUAUGCUUGAGUCAUCUGAAAGGGUAUGAAGUAAAAAAGUAUCACUCACCUGUACAAGAUUUGGAGACAUUUUAUAUUGUCCCUAAAAACUCUACACAAACAAUUGAUAUUAUUGCAUCUGUACUUGACAAUCAAACUUCAAAGAACAUUUCUUCAAAGGGUUGCUCAAGUAAAAAAGACUGUAGUUGGAAGAAAUUAUCUUGGGUUCCAACCUCCAACACACCAAUACAAGUUAAAACAUAUGAAAACAUACCUAAUGUGUAUUGCACUGUAACAACAUCUUUUGUUUCACAUGAAGAUGUUGUCCUAUUUACAACUACUAAAGGGCAACUAAUUUUCUCAAGAAAUAACAAAGUCAUCCAGUCUUGUGAGGUGCCCCUGACUUCUUGUAAUGCAAUAUAUGUUGUUGGAAAAGGGGAGCUUUCGAUAGCUGUUGUUCAUGAUAGAAUAAAUUCAACAUGCUGCUCAGUUCGUUUGUCGACAUUUGAAGUAUUGGAAAGCUGGACAAAUGUUAGUGGUGUGGCGUUCGGACCCCUGUCUGUUUCAAGAACAGUUCAUAAUUGUGUUAUAAUAUUAAAAAUACCAUCCGGAUUGCAGCAGAUGGGUAAAAAUGAAUUUGUUCUUUUGUCUGCCAUGGAGGAUUAUUUGUAUGAAAAAGAAAAGCAAAAGUCCCAAGCUGAGAAGGUUGAACCAAUGAUCGUAAGUUCAACAUGUGGUAGUGAUGUGGAUGAUCUUUUUGCAUCUUCACCCCCACUCUCAGAGCAGCAUCCAGACCUGAAGAAAAGAAAUAAAGAUGGGCUAGAUAAAGCAAUGAAAGUUCUCAAGACAGCGAUACAGAAACAAAAAUCAGAGUUAGAAGAAAUGAGAAUGCAUUUGGACCAAAAAGACGAUGUAAUUGCAAACUAUACUGCAGCUGUUCAGGAGAUGAACAACAAUGUUGGUAUUGAUGAUACAAAACAUUCACAGUUAACGACAGGACAGCUUGUUGAUAUGUUCUCUGGUGUUCCUUGCAAUGCACACAAAGUUGAAGAAUUACCUAAAAUGUUUGAAAAAUUAAAACCCUUGUGGCAGCAAACUGUUGGUGAUAACUGGUUUAUAGGAAUUACUUUACGGAAUAUAACAAAAAGAAUUUUUUUACAAUUUGGUAUUAUUAUUACAUCAUGUGAUGAUAAAUUUGCAAACGAAAAAAUGAAGCACAAUUUCAAACCUGAUUACGAAACCCAAACAUCAUGUUCAGUGCUACAAAACACACAAGAUGAUUACGAAUUGCCAACAAAUAAAGAAAGUGAGAGCACCACUGUGCAACCUGGCCAAGAAUUUGUUGUUGUAGCAACAACAAAUCUACCAAACUUUUCAAGUGUUGCCCAACCAUCUUUUCUUGUCACACUGAUAACUCAUUGUACGGAUGAAACUGGGAAAUUAAAACGGUAUUUGGCCUGUCUGGGAGAGAUUUCAGUUGCUGCAACUAAAGUUGCAUGUGGGGAUAUCGAAAUUAAACCGGCGAACUUCACCAUAAAAUGUUCAGAUUCAUGGAAGGCUGAUUAUUUCUCAUUAAAAGCACUGAACAGAUUCAGCGCACUGCUAAGAAUUACAUCACAGUCAAAUGACACGAAGACCCUUUGCAAGAUUGUAUUAGAAAAGCUUGGUUUCAAACAAGUAAACAAUGUUCAAUGGAUGAUUGGAGAUACACCAGGUCCUUUCUACCUUGUACAAGUAGUGAUGCAUUUAGGAACAAACAAAUCAGUCCAUAUCUGUUUAUUCAGCAGGUGCAAAUCUAAAGCAAAUUUGCUGAAGACCUGUUUCUCCGAGCACCUACCUGAGGCUGACAUCGCUUUUAUAGAAGAAAAUGAGUUAAUAGAGAACUUGGGAAAGGAUAAUUUACUCAAACAAGAGACAACGUUAAGCUCCAUAGUCAAACAAGAUGAAAACAAUGAUUGCUUUAUUGUGCAAGACUCCAGAGAGAGUAUUAACCAUAAAGAUGCUUAUAUAAAACUGUUAUCUAUACAACUUAACCAAAGCGCACAAAAUUAAUUUAAAUUUUGAUACGAAAACUAGAUGAUUGCGUAAACUCACUUUUGAUUUCUCAUUUCAAAUCACAUCUCGGGGCUUAAAAACCACUUGGAAUAAUAUUAUCAUUAAGAAUGUAUAAGAUAAUAUCAAUUAAAUCGUAACUAAUUGUUGAUGUAUCUAUGUGUUAUUUUCACAGUUUUCCAAAGUCAAGUUUUUAACAGUUUUCUCCACGGUAGCCACUUCUUCUGCAACCGCUAUCGUUUCUUUGGCCAACUUUGAUUCAGAUUUCAAGUGACAUGCAUGCUUAUAUGGAGGAUUAAUUGGGGAUUGUGUUGGUGGAUG